CGCCCCGGAGAAGCCCGACGCCGCUGCGCCUGUUGCUGGCACCGAGGAUCAGGUCGCCGGCGAGGGAGAAGUGGCCGCCAAGACUGUGGAUAAGGCGGAAGCGGGUGAUGCUACAAUGGAGGAAGCAAAGGAAGCUGCAGCAGAACCCAAGGCGCCCGAGAGCGCAGAAAACGCUGCCGAGGCCGCAACUGAAAAGCCAGCUGAGAACGAAAAGAAGACCGAUGCGGACGGCGAUGCCGAGAUGAAAGACGCUGCCGACACUGCUGCGGCUGCUGAGCCCAAGGCUGAAGCUGCCGCCGCCGCUGAGACUCCAGCUGCUGCGAAGGGCAAGGGGGGUCGACGAAAGUCGACUGCUGGAGAGUCAAAGGGCAAGACUCUGAGCAAGAAGGGCUCAAAGGCACGCCUUACCCACAUUGAUGCCCAGCCUGGCGAUCACUUCUUAGUGAAGCUCAAGGGUUUCCCGGCUUGGCCCGCCAUUAUUUGUGAUGAGGACAUGCUCCCACAAGCUCUCAUCAAUACCCGACCAGUCUCCGCGGCACGUCCCGACGGAUCCUACUCUGAAGCUUACGCGGAUGGCGGUAAGCGAGUGCACGAUCGAAGCUUCCCCGUCAUGUACCUAUAUACAAAUGAAUUUGGAUGGGUUGCGAACACUGCCCUAUCCGAGUUGACUGCGGAUAAGGCUCGAGAUACGAUUGGAGACAAGAUGCGAAAGGAUUUAAAGGCAGCUUUCGAGCUCGCGAUUGAGCAAAACUCAAUUGAGCACUACAGAGCGAUUCUACAAAGCUUCCAGGAUGAGCUGAUUGCGCAGGAAGAGGCUAGGAAAGAAGCUGCAGCUACUCCGAAGAAGUCCAAGAAGGGCAAGGCGAAGGUAACUGACGAGGAUGAAGACGUGGAUAUGGAGGAUGCGGAAGAGGCGCCAAAGGCUAAGCCGAAGAAGCGAAAGGCGGCCGACGAAGAAGCUGCUGUCCCUCAACGUUCUGAGUCCGUCAAGAAACCCAAGAUCAAGCUCAACACAUCAUCAUCUGCAUCAAAGGCUGCGAACGGAACGUCAGCGCCAAAAGCUAAAGAAGAAAAGCCUGCAAAGGUCGCAAAGGCCAAGCCGAAGAAGGGGGCUGACAAGAAAUCUGACGCGCCUAAAGAGCCCAAAUUGACCCCGGAGGAGCGACAUUUACGCAAGGAGAAAGAAAUCAUGUACCUACGCCAUAAGCUCCAAAGAGGACUUUUGACCAGAGAGCAACAACCACGAGAAGAUGAAAUGGAGGCAAUGUCCAGCUUCAUCACUAUCCUCGAGAAUUUCCAGGAUCUUGAUGUAUCAAUUAUCCGGGGCACUAAGAUCAACAAGGUUUUCAAGGCAAUUCUGAAGCUUGACUCUAUCCCUCGUGAAGAGGACUUCAACUUUAAGAAGAGGUCUCAAGCUCUGCUGGAUAAGUGGAACAAGCUACUUGCUAGCGAUCCUGCGCCCGCUAACACGGCGAAUGGUGUCAAUGGAGCUUCUGAAUCCAAGGACUCCAGUAAGCCGACGGGAAAUGGCGACGUGAAGGAGAGCGACGACAAAAAGAAGGAGGUCGAUGACGAGAAGACUAAAGGAGAUGACGAGGAAGCGACUGCCACGACCACAGCCAAAGAUGAAGAAUCGGAAGCCAAGGAAGACGUGAGCGAGAAGAAGGACGAAAAGGCCGAGGCCGAGGCAGCUCCCACUUCCGCAGCAGUUGAAGCCGCUGCUUAAUCUCUCAAAAUUUCCCGAGUAAUCUGAUAUACUCUGUGAUGAUGAAAACACCUACUGUCUCUGCGUCUCGGUUCCGAUGCAGCAGACCAGUUAAGGCCAUCUUCUUAAUGUCGACCUAUUUUUCUCUAUUUUUUUUUUCUCUCUAUUUCUUGUGUGGCGCAACGGACUCCUUGUUAUUAUUAUCAUUUCGCACAUUCUUCUUUAUACAAUAAAAGGGGUCACAGUUUAUUCUUUGGUUUGUGGUGUACAAGUAGCCACCAACAUGGAUGAGCAAACCGAAAGAUGGACAGAAAGGCUCAACUGUUUUGUUUCUCUUGGAGCCGCCCUAUUGAUGUGGCCUGAGAAAGUCUUGGGUGAGCGGAAAAGAGUACUGCUAGUACCCAACAUGAGGUGUUUCAAACCCAGUAUGCACAACACACGGGAAGGAAAUGAAAUGUGGAGUGACUGCGGUAUUUGAAGGGGAAGGAGGGGGCCACGCCUGAGGAGAAUGAGACAUUUGUACUUGUUGAUUUUCGCGUUGCUCAAUCUUUUUGAGGGGAUGGUGAUUGUUACUGCCGGGGUCAAAGGAUGCUUUGGUUGGGGCGGCAAGGAUAGGAAAGCAUGCUUUUUUCGCGUUGAGAAUCAAAGCUCUAUUUAGUUUAUGAAAUUCAGCGAUGUACGAUGAUUGAUCGGAUUGUAUGUAUGCAAGUAUACGCGAGUUUGUGAGAGGUGUACUGUUAUGCCAUCGUUUGUAAACAUUGCGCACAUCAAUAUUGUAUCGAAGAGCGUAUAAGAUAUCAUGUGUAAAACGUCAUUGGAAUACAUUGACAAGUCACAAAGCUAGCUUUAGAACUAAUGUCGAGACUUUUUUGCU